AUGGUACUGAUGGAAGAUGUGCAGAACGAAGAUGGCCAUAAUACUGUAGAAAACAGUAGUAGCGGUGGGGACAGUAGUAAUAAUAUUCAAAUGAGGCGAAUGAGGAAGACGCAACUGUCCAAGAGGAAACUUCUCGAGAAGAGGAAAUCUGAUGUGUUGAUUGCUGCUAAAUCUUUAGAUACAGAAAUUCAGAAUGUGAAAAAUCUAAAGCGAUUGUCGAUAGGUUCGAUGGAUUUGGUGAUUGACCCUGAGCUAGAGUUUAAGGUAAACAGCAGAAACUCGUAUUCUUCAGACUCCUCAAAGGAAUCACUACAAGAAUCGCUGCAUGAAAAGGAUGUUGUACGACUAGAACAAGAGGAAAAACAAGGGGACGAAGACAAUGAUGCAUAUGAGGAGGCGGAUACUACUAAUGCGGACGACAGUAUAGAUAUAACUCAAACAGAAUAUUUGCAUGAUGAAGAGACUUUGGAGAAAGAAAAGAUCUCCCGCAAUGCUUCUUCAUCCACUUCAUCUUCAGCAAGAGUAACGUCCAGGAAUAGAAGGCUCAGUGGAGUAAAGGCAUUGGCCCACGAUGUCGUCUUGGAUGUGACGGAUGAUCACAGUUCAAAAAUGGUCGAUCUAACUCAAAACUUGUUGUGGGUGCCCGCUAACCAACAUCCUAACGUUAAGCCAGAAAACUACUUAGAAUUGAUUCAGGACACAUUACAGAACAUUCAAAUAAGCACGGACCAGGACUCUGAUGAAAACAAAUUAGAACUGGGUAACAACCAUGUAAUUCCAAAUAGAAAACGCUCGGGUUCUGUAGUUAGAAGACCUUCUCGGUUGAAGACCUCGUAUACCAAGUUUGAUGAUGAGCUUCCUUCUGCAGAAAAACCACAAGAAGGAGAAGAGGAAGUGGAUAAACGAAUACCCCCAUCUGAAACUAAAACCGUAAGAUCUGUAUCUUUGAAGGAAAUUACUGAAGAGCUUACUAAGAUUUCCAAUAAUGCUGGUUUAACAGACUCAGAUGCGGUCACUUUAGCCAGAAGCUUGAGCAUGUCAGGGUCAUUUACUAAUGAAAGUCUUCACUUGAACAGCAAUAACGCCGAAAAUGAUAAUGAAUUUGCAUCAAAUAUGUUUAGUGAAACUGGGCGUACCAUACCGGAAAGAUCGUCUUUAAGGAGGUCUAAAUUUAACACGUAUAAAAUCAGGCUAGAGAGUAAUGGCCUUCCACAAGCAGCAAAACUCAAUAAUCUGAUGAAUAUACAAGCAAGUGACGAUCGAAGAAGUGCAUCAUCGCCUGCAUCUUGCAUGCAACUGCCUCAGGAGCAAGCAUCACUGAAUGAUUUCCAAGAGAUUUUUGACCAUUACAGAAGAGCAAGUACUGAUUGGAGUACUGAAAAUGAGAAAUACGCUGAUAGCACUAACUACUAUUCGGAUGAAGAAGAUUUAACACAUGCAUCCAUUUCUCAAGAUAGCAGCCUUUUAUCCACAGAUAGCUCUAAUAACAGUGUAUUGAUAAAACCACAUAAUACUGGUUCAAUGAUUUCUGAAAAAUUAGAUCAACAUGUUAGCUCGAACGAAAAUGAAAAUAUCAAUGGCAGCGAACUAAAUCAUGGCUGGUCAUGGUUGAAUUCUAGCAAUGAAAACCUGAACGGUAAUGAUCAAUCUUACGAGCGGCUAAUAGAUGAUAAAAAUGACCAUGAAGAUGUGGAGAAUGAAAAAGCCGACUUUGUUAAUUUAAGUGUAUCGAGGAGAGCAAAAUCUACCAAACGUGCUUCUGAAAGAAUAAAUCAUUCCAAAAAUAGACAUUCACCAAUUUUCCAGAUACAUUCUGAUGAGUCGAACCCCGUGGUACUUACUCCUUCAGUGGUUUCAUCAUCUCCAUCACAGUCACCUGAGCCUAUAGUACCUGCGAUAGCAGAGAAAAACAUAGAAUCGCCUACUGAUACCCAGCCCAGUACAAACAAGAAGAAUUCCUUGGAGAAACGGCUUGCCAGAUUAUUCAAAAGAAAACAACAUAGUGGUACUUGCAAAUCAGAUGUGAAAGUUACCAAAAAAAGUGUUAAAAAAGAACUGAAAAAGAAGACUUCGCACUCAAGUUUAUCCAAAUUUAGGAAAAGCCCCAAGAAAAAGCCCGAAGAAGCGAAAAGGAACCAUAAAUGUCCUUCAUCUCCCACCAAAACCACUUCUUCUGAAGAUAUAGAUACGGCAAGCGUCAUUGAACCUACUGUGCAAAGCUCACAUGCUUCCAGCAUUCUUUCUGACAGUAAUGCUAGCCGCAGUUCUGAAUUCGUGGUGGAGACAAUAAGCGAGUUAGACGGCGACGAUUCAUUUGAUAUUAGUGGUGGUGAUAUCAACUACGAUGUGGAAGUGCACUCUGAUGUAGGUAUAGAAACAACAGCUAAACCAGAGGGGAGUGCAGGAGAAGAGGGAGAAAAUAAAAUUUCAUCUCCUGCACCUCAAAUCUCGACAUUGCCUCCAAAAAAAUUAACAUUUGAAGAUGUCGUUAAACCGGAAUACCCAAACGCUCCAAUAAAAUUUACAGAUAGUGCAUUUGGAUUCCCAUUACCAAUGAUAACAAACUCCACAGUGGUUAUGUUUGACCAUCGUCUAGGGAUUAACGUUGAAAGGGCUAUUUACAGACUCAGCCAUCUGAAGCUCAGUGAUCCCGGGAGAGAACUAAGACAACAGGUAUUGUUGAGUAACUUCAUGUACUCUUACUUGAAUUUAGUCAAUCAUACUUUAUACAUGGAGCAAAUGGGCACUGAAGAUGUAGUCUUCAAUGGGGAUUCCGCUCUAGGAAUGAUGGACAAGAAUGAUUCUGAUGGCACGAUCUUAAUACCAGAUAUUUAA